GCGACGGGCAGCUUAUAGGCUAAGUAGUUGUCGUGAAGUACAUUUUGUAGUGACAAGAUUGGCAGUGGUGAUUUGAUUCGAUGAAGAAACCAGCCAAUUGAUGUUUAUCUCUCCAGUUAGUAUCGUUCAUACGUCUUAUCGAUGUAUAAGCAGGAUAGCAAGCCAUCAAACUUUUUGGGCUUUCCGCCGAAUCCUUCUUACUACAAAAUCAUUAUCUGGGAAUGCUUCCACUAUCGUAGCGUGGUCGCUUGCAUAUCCACCGGUUAGUAAGGCAGGUCUUCGCAUGCUGCACGAUGUGAAAGGCAUUGGCGGAAAUAAUGGAGAAUUUGUCGAAAAAGGCGGCGAAAAGAAAGCAUGUAAGACAAACGAAGAUGUGUAUACCAGCACUAGAGUGUCAGCUUUUCCGGAAAUGAAUGUGAAACCGAAUAUGAUUGUUGCCAAGUGGGAAGCACUAAUGAACAGAUGUGGGUUACGGAUCGACAGGACUGCUCAAAAGGAAGAUCAGAAUGCUCAGAAGAGGAAGAGGAGUACAGUACUUGCUAUGUUUUUUGUUGCUGGCAGCACAUUUUGCGGACUUCUGUACUUUUGUGUGUAUUAUGGAUGGAUGAAAAGAGAUGAGGACAAUGCAUAUACGGGUAUAUUAGCCCCCUAUUAUCGUAUCAAAGGGGCGUGUAGGUCAUGGAGAAACUUUGUGGUAGAGCCAUCCAGGGACAAACUUCUUCCGGAUCCGUUAAAACCACCAUAUUGGCAACCCAAGUAUACUGUUGUUAUUGAACUAAAGAACGUUUUGGUGGCACCAGAAUGGAGUUACAAAAUGGGAAAUCGCGUCAAGAAGCGUCCCGCGGUAGAUUAUCUGUUGGAUGUUAUUGGAUAUCCUAACUUUGAAGUUGUAAUUUAUACGUCAGAAACUGCACUAAACGCAAAUCCAAUAGUUGAAGCUUUGGACAGCAAGCAGAAAAUCAUGUACAAGCUGUAUCGUGAUUGCUGUAAGUACAUGAACGGCGUUUACGUUAAGGAUCUUUCUAAGUUGAACAGAGACCUGUCAAAAGUCAUCUAUAUUGAUUUUGACCCGGAGUCAUUUCGAUGUAACCCGGAAAAUGUGUUACGGUUACCAAAGUGGGAUGGCACUCUCGAUGAUACUGCACUUGUUGAUCUUGCUGAACUGCUCAAAACAAUACACUUAUCAGAUGUUGACGAUGUGAGACCCACGCUUCAAUAUUAUAGUCAGUUUGACGAUCCGCUCAAAGAAUUCAGAGAGAGAGCAACGAGAGUUGCUGAACUGGAAAAGAAGAUGCAUCGGAUGGAGUCCGAAAAGGAGGCAUUUGUUGCACCGGUGAAGAAAUAUCAAGGUCGAUUAUUUGGCUUUCGUCGGCAUGAGUAACUUAUAACGUUUUCGUUGAAAAUAUUUUUUUCAGCACUGUUGUGAACCGAUUUGUUGCUGUUUUUUCUUAUAGAAAGUUUAAUUAUUUUUGUUUUCGUAAUGUUGACGAAUGCAAAAUCGUUAUUUUUUGUUCAUCAGUUAAAUAUAUUUCAUUUUCUUACACUUAUUUGUAAUCUAUCUCCAAUAAAAAGUAACAAGUUUUAAAACUUACGAGAAAUCAAGGGAAUGGAAAUAUCCGAGUUUGCCGUAGAUAUUCGAAUUAUAUAGAAGUAUCUAAAAACUUUCUUUUUGUUGAUAGAAAUGUUUUUCAUUGUUAGUUCAUGUUUGUUUUGCUGUGUUAGAAUGGUAUCGGUCUCGGUCCAUAAUACCUUGUUUUUACCUUUCUCAUGCAAAGGCUCAUUUUAAUGUGUUUUUGAUGUGCUCUUCCUACUUCAUAUCUUGGAUCUAUACGCAGUAUACUAAAUAAAAUUUGG